AUGACUAACGAAGAAGUGUUGCAAUCUCAAAUUAAGAAGCUCACCGUACUGAAAUCUACACGGGAAAAGUUAUUUGCUCAAGUUCAAAACUGUUAUGACUCCGUGAAGAGAACCACCGUUGAUACAGCUCUUCAGUUCAAGCCUCGGUACGAAAAACUAGAGGUUAUUGAGAUAGAAAUGGAUAAGACUCAGAAUGCAAUUAUUCAGCUAAAUGCAGAUUUAUUGGAUAAUCGCCAUGCUCUCGAAGUCUACCUGGUGAAGACACAACCUCCGCAGCAAAUCAGCAGUAAUUCGGUCGCCAACAGCAACCAGCAUUUGCCCAGAAUAAAUAUCCCUACGUUCACCGGUCGCAUCGAAGAAUGGUCGGCGUUUUUCUCACUGUUCGAUUCGGUUGUCCACAAAAACGAUGCGUUAUCAGAAGCUGAAAAAUUCCAGUAUUUGCGCUCUUAUCUGCGAGAUGACGCAUUAACAGUCAUUGCCAAUUUUCAUUUAACCCCCGAAAAUUACGCACUGGCGUAUGAGGCAUUGCAACUUCGCUACCAGAAUAAAAGACGGUUGGCGACUCACUACGUCAAUCAAAUUCUAGGUUUUACUCCUUUAUCAUCCCCAAGUUCUAGCAGUUUGAGACAUUUUUUGAAUAUUCAUUCGAAUUCCAUUAAUGCUCUUAAGGCUUUGAAUCUUCAAGACCUUGGUGAUUUUUUGCUGUUUCAAUUAUCGUUUGCAAAUUUGGAUCCUGUAUCUAGAAAAGCUUUUGAGAAUAGGCAAAGUUCAAAUUCCGUUCCCAGCUAUCAGGCGUUAAUUGAUUUCAUAACGGAUCAGAAUCGAACGUACGAACUUCUCUCUCAGGACACAAAAUCACCGAAAUGUAAAUCUCUAUCAGUUAAGUCAUUCCGUGCUUCACUCAUGACAAAUGCCAAAUCCGAUGCCUCCUCUACGUGCUCUGUCCCGUGCGCGCUCUGCAAAGCAACAAGCAUCACUCCGUGUUACACCAGGAGUCCAAGGCGGAUACCUCCGAAACUAGUACCUACUUCUCCCUCUGUAGAGGAAAGAAAAUCUCCCGUUGUGUUUUCGUGCAAGACCUCAGCGGAGCGCAACACUGUUUUACUAGCGACUGUGACAGCCCAGAUCCAAGACUGUAAUGGAGAUUAUCACAAGAUAAGAGCUGUGGUUGAUCCCGGCUCUCAAGUAUCAGUGAUUACUUCAUCAACGGCGCAACAUUUGGGAUUAAAAAGAAGCAGAUCUCCCAUUGAAGUUACUGGCAUCGCCAGUUUUCCUGUCCGAACUCAAGGUCUCAUUCGUACCACUCUACGCUCUAGAACUCGUGCUGAUGUCGUAAACGUUCACGCUGUUGUACUUUCGGAUAUUCCUAAUAAAUUUCCUAGUCAGACGUUACCUCCUCACAUUAAGGAUCAGUUCAGUCAUCUAACGUUAGCUGAUGAAAACUUCCAUCAAGCUGCUCGAGUUGAAUUCUUAAUUGGAGCAGAUCUAUAUCCUCACAUUUUAUGUAAUACGCAGCCUAAUGUUAUUCAAGGACAACCCUCUGCCAUUGACACAAUCUUUGGAUGGAUAAUUAUAGGCUCGAUUUCAUCUUCAACAAAUUCCCCCUUGUGUUCUCUUCUCACAUGCAACGAUUCUCUUGAUGAUACCGUUCGUAAGUUUUGGGAAACUGAGACUCUCGCUGAUAACCUUUCAGUCUCCAAUCCUGAAGAUGACUUUUGUCAAGCUCAUUUCAAGGACACGCAUUAUCGCGAUCGCUCAGGCAGAUAUGUGGUAUCAAUGCCAGUCCGUGAGCAGCGCUCGCCGCUUCUCAGCAACCGAGAGACAACUCUGAACACUUAUCUCAAAAUGGAAGCUCGAAUGUCUCGGCGUCCCCAACUCAACGCUGCUUAUAUUACUUUUCUCCAAGAAUACCGCGAUCUCGGACAUAUGCAACUAGCCGCACAACCUUCCAUGUACGUAAUGCCUCAUCAUUGUGUUCAAAAGGAAACUAGUUCAACUACCAAAGUGCGAGUUGUGUUUAACGGAUCCUCCUCUGACUCAAACGGGACAACGCUUAAUCAGCAACUUCUGCCCGGUCCUAAGCUACAAAAGGAUUUGAGCCACAUUCUCAUGAAUUUUCGCCUUCAUGCUAUAGCAGUCACAGCGGAUAUUCAACAGAUGUAUAGACAGAUUUGGUUGAAUCCAAAGCAACGUUAUCUCCAGCACAUAUUCUGGAGGCCAGAUCCCGCUUCUAAUGUGCAGGAGUAUGAGUUAAAAACAGUGACAUAUGGCUUAGCACCAUCAGCAUAUCUUGCUCAACGUGUCCUUCUCCAGCUCGUCGAGGACGAAGGGCAUGAGUUCCCAUUGGCAGUACAAGCUAUCACAGAAAGCACCUAUGUGGACGAUAUUGCGCAUGGUGCCUCUACAGUUGAGGAAGCGAAGUCGCUACAGUUACAACUCGCAAACCUACUCAAUCGUGGCGGUUUCCAGCUGAGAAAAUGGGCUAGUAAUGAUCCAAUUGCUCUAGAUCAUGUUCCAGAACAGCAUCGUGAAUCUCCGUUGAAUUUCUCAAGUGACGAUCCUUCUAUUAAGAUUCUUGGAUUACGGUGGGAUCCUCGGUCUGAUACUUUCACCUAUUAUGUACAAGAAUUUGAUUCUCAAGUUACCAAGCGCACUGUUCUUUCUUAUAUCGCUCGAAUCUUUGAUCCCAUGGGGUGGUUAUCUCCAAUUGUAUUUUGGGCUAAGCAUUUUCUGCAACAGAUAUGGAUCUCUAAAGUGGGCUAUGAUGAUAUCUUGCCGCCUUCCCUAUCGGAGGCUUGGGGAAGGUUUUCUUCUCAAAUGCGGUGUCUACGCGCAUUUAAAAUUCCUCGAUACAUUCUCCAAAGUUUGCCACGUUUGCUCUUGGUGGGAUUCUCGGACGCUUCCUCUAAAGGAUACUCCGCUUGCAUCUAUUUACAUGCGUAUGAUUCCAGUAGCACUUGUAGCAAUUAUCUUUUGAAGGCCAAGAACAAAGUGGCACCCCUCAAGACAUUGACUAUUCCUCGAUUGGAACUCUGUGGAGCGUUGUUAUUAUCUAGACUACUUCGUGAUGUGAUUAAAUCUCUUAAAGCCGUAAGAUUUGAAAAUGUUCAUCUCUAUACCGAUUCUCAGAUUGUCCUUGCAUGGCUCCACACCUCUCCUCAUCUUCUCAAAACCUACGUGGCCAAUCGUGUAGUUCGCACAUUAGAGCAUACAUCUCUUCACCAAUGGGCACACACAGUGUCGAAUCAAAAUUCAGCCGACUUUGCGUCUCGAGGAUUAUUUCCCGAAGAGAUCAUGGAUUGUCAUUCCUGGUGGAAUGGACCAGAUUUUAUGCAGAAUCCGCCGUCCAAGUGGCCCGUAAGAGGCGAUAAUUAUGUCGCCCCCGUUGAGCUCCCUGAGCGUAAAAACGAUCCUAUAGUUUUGCGCAUCCAAGCCGACCCAGAAAAUCCUCUGUAUGAAGUUGUGUCACGAUUUUCUUCAUUUAGUAGACUACAACGCGCUUUCGCAUUUAUUCGCCGAUGGCUACUCCGAAUAAGAUGUCCCGAGAUGAAGGGUCCACUCUCAAGCGAAGAGAUGCGAUACUCGACCUUAUCGCUUGUGCGUCUCACACAGCAAAACCAUUUUCCUCUGCUUAUAGAAGAGUUGCGUUCCAAAGGUCACACCACAACUCCAUUAAGGAAGCUGUUCCCAUUCUUGGAUGCAAUGGGUAUAGUUAGGGUGGGCGGACGGCUACGACACUCCGCCCUUCCCCUAGAUGCGAAACACCCUCUGCUUUUACCUCAGAAAGCUCAUCUCUCGGCUUUAAUUUGCGACUACUAUCAUCUGUACGCUUGCCACGCUGGACCUAGAAGCGUGCAGACGCUUAUACAGCAGAAGUUCUGGAUAAUAUCGAUUCGAUCCCUCCUACGGCAGCGCAUUUUUCGCUGCAUUCGCUGUUUUAAGUUUAAAUCGAAACCUGUAUUUCCCUUCAUGGCUGAUCUACCACCAGCUCGAGUUCAACCUAGCAAACCGUUUUCCUCUGUUGGCAUUGACUUUGCCGGACCCUUCACCGUCAGGGAAAGUCGUCGACCCUCGCUCAACAGAUUCACCGCACGCCGUGGUCUACCCUCUGACAUAUACUCUGAUUGCGGACGUAACUUUAUCGGCGCCGCUCGCCACCUGAGGGAGGUGAGUCAGUUUCUACGUUCGCACUCCUCUGAGAUAACGAGUUCCUUAACUUCUUUGGAGAUAAAAUGGCAUUUUAACCCUCCAGCCGCUCCCAAUUUUGGCGGCCUAUGGGAGGCUGCGAUCAAAUCCGCAAAGAGUCUCUUGUAUCGAUCAAUCGGCACCUCUCUCUUAACUUUCGAAGAGUACAGCACGCUAUUUUGUAAGAUUGAGGCUGUAUUGAACAGCCGUCCCUUAUGUGCCGUCACCUCUAACCCAGAAGACGCUGUAGAUUACCUAAGCCCUGGACAUUUCUUAGUCGGCAGACCGUUAUUGCAACCUCCUGAAGCUCCCUUGGAGGACAACUUGAAUUGGACCUGUCGGUGGCAACUACUCUCCCAGCUGUAUCAGCGGUUCUGGAAGAGGUGGUCUACGGAGUAUCUCCAUACUCAACUCCAACGUCAGAAGUGGAAUAAGGAUCAACCAAACAUUCAACCCGGCGCCAUUGUCGCAUUGUAUGGCGCAGAAACUACCCCCCUUUCAUGGCCGUUAGGACGCGUACAAGAGGUACAUCCUGGAACCGAUGGAGUCGUCCGUGUGGCCACAGUGAAAACCGCGACCGGUUUAUAUACGCGUCCGGUAAACAAGCUCGUGAUUCUCCCAACCCAAUUCUCAAUGGAGAAUUGA